AUGUCGUGGUCAGAUGGAUCAACUGGGGGUUUAAAAAAACCAAUUUCGAAAGGACAGCGUGUAGUAAUAGUGCAUGCUGGCUCCGAAGAUGGAUUUGUUCCCAAUGCCCUUCUUUUGUUUAAAGCUGGCACAAAAUCUGGUGACUACCACGAUAACAUGAACUAUUUGAACUACGAAAAAUGGCUGCGUUGUCAAUUGCUACCAAAUCUGCCACCAAAUUCCGUUGUAGUAGUCGACAAUGCGUCAUAUCACAAUAAACAGUCUGACCCCGCCCCAACUGCCAAUGCCAAAAAAGUCUAUAUGAAGAAAUGGUUACAAGAAAAAGAAAUUCCAUACGAUGAAAACAUGUUGAAACCCCAGCUUUUUAGCUUGAUUAAAGCACAUAAGGAACAACACAAAACAUACAGCAUUGAUAAAAUUUUAUCAAACCACAACCAUUCAGUGCUUCGCUUACCUCCAUACCAUCCAGACCUCAACCCAAUUGAAAUGGCUUGGGCAGCUAUUAAAGGGUAUGUCAGUAGCAAAAAUGUCGACUGGAGCACUGGCAAAGUAAUAGAGCUAGUGAAGGAAAAGGUCGCGGUGAUGGGUGCUCCGGAAUGGGGUAGAAUAUGUCAAAAGAUAAAAGAUAUUGAGGCGGAGUAUGUAAAAAGUGAUCAUGUGGUAGAUUUAGUCACUGAUGAGUUUGUAAUUUUUGCUGACGAUGAUUGCGACACGGAUGAAGAAAGUAGUGAUGAUGAUGAUGAUGGUCAUGAUUAUGAUAGCGAAAAAACAAUUAAAAAUACCAGCUCAGCUUCAGCUGAUCCAAGACCUAGCACCAGCUCCUAG